AUGGGGAAAGGACGUCGCAUGAAGAAGCAGGGGCCCCCUGCGCCCUUGGAUGAGUCAAAGAUUACUACUGCCUUCAAGAAGCGCAAGGCUGGCGACUCCGAAUCGGCUUCCAAAGUCACCGCCGUAAAGAAGCGCCGCAGAUCUGAUGCCGAUGAGGAAGAAGCUGCGCCCAAGAAGUCCGCACUCAAGAAGAGCAAAUCCAAUGAGAAGAAGAAGCCGGUUCCCAUGGAUUCAGACUCGGAAGACGAUAUGGACGACGAUGAAUUUGAUGACUUGGAUGGAAUCAGCGAAGGGUCAGUAGAUAGCCAAGAAGGUAUCGGACGACUUUCAGACCUUGAGGAUGACGAGGAUGAGGUGGACGACGAUUCAGUCAUGGACUCUGAUGACGACGACCACCCCCGCGAAACCAUGUUCUCCGACGACGAAGACCUGUCAGAUGCUGAGGAGAAAUUGACCGCUGCCAACAUCGAAGGGUUAUCGCGCAAGCUGGAUGCUGAAAAGAAGCUGGAGGAGGAGGAAGCUGAGCAGGAAAUGCAAGACGCAAUGCAGACCAACAUCGCUGGCGAUCGCCCCGAUGUGUUCGCUGACCAGACACAACCCGGGCUCGCCCCAGACCUUCAGCUUCUGCGCCAACGCAUUACAGACACCAUUCGGAUAUUGGGUGAUCUCAAGGGCCUUGGCCAGCCAGGAAAGUCUCGUGCUGACUAUGUUGACCUUGUCCUCGAUGACAUUUGCACAUACUACGGCUAUACUCGAUACCUGGCCGAAAAGCUUUUCAACCUGUUCACACCCAUGGAAGCAUUUGCUUUCUUCGAAGCUAACGAAACCCCACGUCCUGUUGUCAUUCGUACGAACACUCUGCGUACCAACCGUCGAUCCCUCGCUCAGGCCCUCAUCAACCGAGGUGUAGUGUUGGAGCCAGUCGGGAAAUGGUCCAAGGUUGGCUUGCAAGUCUUCGAAUCCGCUGUGCCACUUGGUGCGACGCCCGAGUACUUGGCCGGUCAUUAUAUCUUGCAAGCUGCAUCUUCUUUCCUCCCCGUGAUGGCUCUGGCCCCUCAGCCAAAUGAGCGUGUUCUUGACAUGGCUGCUGCCCCUGGUGGUAAAACCACUUACAUGUCCGCCUUGAUGCGAAACACUGGCUGUGUGAUUGCCAACGAUGCUAGCAAACCUCGUGCAAAGGGUCUCAUUGGUAAUAUCCACCGUCUUGGUUGCAAGAAUACCAUCGUGACCAACCUGGAUGCUCGUACCGCUUUCCCAAAGGCUCUUGGUGGAUUUGACCGGGUUUUGCUGGACGCUCCGUGCACCGGUACCGGCGUUAUCUCCAAGGACGCUGGUGUUAAGACUUCCAAGAACGAGCGCGACUUUUUGGCAAUUCCCCAUAUGCAACGUCAGCUGCUUCUGGCUGCUAUUGACUCAGUCGAUCACUCAUCGAAGACCGGUGGCUACUUGGUGUAUUCGACCUGCAGUGUUACGGUGGAAGAAAAUGAGGCCGUGGUACAGUAUGUGCUUCGGAAGCGUCCUAAUGUCAAGAUUGUGGACACAGGUCUGGGUGAUUUUGGCAGCCCUGGAUUUACUAGCUACAUGGGCAAGAAGUUCGAUGCUAAGAUGGCCCUGACCCGUCGCUACUUCCCUCAUCGUGAAAACGUCGAUGGCUUCUAUGUCUGCAAACUCAAGAAGACCGGACCCACGCCUGUGGCUAAGCCUAGCGACGAUGAUAAAACGUCGACUGGAAGCCGACCGGCUCGACGAGCCAGUGCUCAAGGUGCUACGACAGAUGAAGAGAUUGACAAGACUCCGAUCUUGAAUGAGGAUGGCACUGCGCCUAAUCUUGAAGGUGGCGCUUUUGGUCCCUUUGAAGAAGACGAGGAUGCCGAGCGUAUUGCCCGCGCCGAGCGUAACCGUCUUCGUCGUAAGGGUAUUAAUCCUAAGGGCGUCCUGAACAAGCCCAAGAAAGCCGCCAAGGGGCAAGCUCAGCUAAAUGAGACCGCUGACUCCAACACUGCUCAAGAGAAGACCGAGGAAAAAGAAGAGAAGCCUGUGGCGGAAAAGACGGAGAAGAAGGAAAAGAAGGAAAAGAAAGAGAAGAAGGCUAAGAAGGCUGUCAAAUAG